GGUUUAGGGGAACAUGGAUUAGUUUUAGUUUUCUGCACAUAGUAAUAACUAAUAAGGUGUAAGUCACCAAGCUAGUUUAAAGAACACAGAGGCAGUCUUGACACAGAGCUGGUCAUCAUCAGCUAUUGUGAGCAUAAACAUUCAGGAAACAGAUUGAAACUGCAUAAGGGAGAAGACUUGGUUCUUGGUUAGCAUUUAGCAGCAUAAAGGAUGGCUGGUGAUGCUUUGAGUAUUAGCAUUUGUUCUUUGUCCUUUGUAUAGUUUAUCUUUAGAGCUGUCUUUUUUUCUUCCUUUGGCUUCUUUACUUAAGUGGGUUAGAUAGAAGCUAGGUUUAUGUGUCUACGCUCGAACGCCUCUUGGGAUCUUUGUCUUCUUACCUUUUCUAUCUCUUCCCUUGUCCAUAUUUUUUUCUAUUAAUCUUUUCUCUUCCGUCUAGUUCAUUUUGUUCAAGCCUUAGAGAUGUAAAUCUUACACUUCAGCUCUUUUCCUGAUUUUUUUUUUUUUUGUAAAGGAAGAAGGGAAUAGGAAGUUCUAGUAACACUGAUGAGUUUCAUCCAUCUUGAUACCUGAAACACACGAAGUUUCCUUGGAGUUUCUUGAUCCUGCUUAAUCUGCUCACCAGGGACCUAUAGAAGCUGCUACUCUGCUCUGCUUUUGAUGCUUUAUUAUGGUUUCUUUGUCUCCUACUAUCUCUGGUUGUGUUUGUUACGCAGUGAUAACUAUUUUCUGCAGUUCAAAAAGAAAAAAAAAACUAUUUUCUGUGUUUGGAACUGUUGUGUGAAGCUUUUCACAAACGUAUGUUUCUUCUUGUCUUUUAGUAGUUUGUGACAGUAGUAGAUGUUUUGAGUUUUAAUGUUGAAGAAAAUGUAUCCCUUAUUCCCUAUAAUUAUUAUCAUUCUGUAUAUUUUGAACUUUUAUUUAUUUUUGUAGUGAGAUUUGGCGACUGUACUUGUAGAUUAGAGGCUGUUUUGGGUGUAAAACCAUAUCUGAAAGAUUGAAGCUCAAAUGGGCGUAUGUAGAGUUAAUACAACCAAGUGACCAACAUAUGAAUUGAUAAAGCAUUUUACACAACUAAAAAAUCAAACUAUUAGUUAAAAUUUGUCGUUCGUUUUAGGAUUUAUCCAAUUUUCAAUUAUUAAAGAUUACAAACGGACACAAUGAAUUUCCUGAGAAGUAUCUAUCUCUCCUAAUCAUGUACUCUCUUAGUUCCAAAAGAUGUAUGUUUUUUUCUAUAUGGAUUUACCUUUUUAAUUUCAAAUAUAUCCACGUCUAACUAAUGGAAGAUGUCGAUGGUUUCAUCAUAAUUCGAUGGUGAACCAUUCGAUUAAUAUUUUGCCAUAAAGGGUUGGUAUUUGCCGACACUACAAGAAUUUUAAAUUUGGAUAUAAUUUAUCUAUAUAAGAGAAGAGGAUCUUUUUUCUCUCCCAGACGCUCUUUGCGAGAUAGGUCCUUAGUCAGCGGUCCCACGGAUACUCCUUCCUGUUAUCCCUCGGUCCUUUGUCUCUGAUUGGUGCAGACUUCUUAUCACCUCUCUGCCAAUUCAAAUUAUUCCCUCUUUGGGAAUUAUCUAGCAGUCCAAAGACAGCUCUUGGAGAACUCUCACCGGGUUCCGCCUGCGACUCCGGUCGACGGGCCCGCCGACCACCGCUGAACUCGUUCCCACCGACGAUAGAAACUUUAAUGGAGUUCCCCUGUCUCUCACGCUGGUCUCGCUACAACCCCUCCAUUGUCUCGAGAAACUCACAGAGGAUUCUCUGUAGUUCCUAAUCGAAUCUCUGAACGUCGAACUGGGGAUUCCUGGUACUGACAUCUUACGUCUUCUCUUUAAGACAGCUGAAUCGCUCUAUUUCAUUUACCUUCUCGAAGCAGAACAAGCAAAUCUCCUUUUCAUUUUACUCCUCAUAACCUCUCGGCGUUGGGGGAAUCCCUGUGGCCUGUAGACGCUAUUUCACUCACAAGUAACUGGCAGCUGUCAGUAAAUCGUUCUCACUUGCGAGAAUCAUGGCUCAUCGAAGAAUUUCGUCGGCUGAAAAGGGGAAAGGAAUUGAUCUGAGCUCUCAGCAACCUCCCCGGUUGGCCCGUGUCAAAGCUCCCUUACCAGACAACUCAGAACUGCUGCGAAAGCAUUCUCUAACGCUUAUUGGGAGAGUCACUAAUAAAUCCAUCCAAAAAGUGUGGUCUCUUAUACCAUUUUUCACAGAGCACUGGAAGACUGAAUUCAAGCCAAUAGGAGCUGACUUGGGUAAUGGCCUCUUCCAAUUUCAGUUUGAAUUGGAAUCAGACUUGCUCGCUGUUCUAGAUCAAAGGCCAUACCACUAUGCGCGAUGGAUGGUAAUCCUCCAGCGAUGGGAGCCCACUGUCUCCCCAAACUUCCCGUCUCUGAUUCCUUUUUGGGUCAAAGUGCAAGGACUCCCGGUUCACCUGUGGACAGAGCCCAUCAUCAGGGUCAUUGGAGAAGACAUUGGCCUCUAUGAAAAAGCCGAUAUAACCCCCCUAUCAGCGAGGAUGAGGGUUCACAUUGAUGGUUUGCUACCUCUAAUCAAAACAUCUGUGGUCGAUUUUCCGAAUGGUGAUUCGGUUACUACCACACUACUCUACGAACGUCUGGAUAAGCAUUGCUCUAAAUGCCUCAGACUCGACCACGAGCUUAAAGAAUGCCUGGUGGCUAGAGCGGAGAAAAAGGCUUUACAAUCAGCCCAAGGGGAAGGAAGUGGUAAAGACAUGACUCUUGCGAAUCAGAGUGCUAUUCCUACAAGAGGAAUCUCUGCUUCCUCUGCUCAUAAUGAUCCGAAUGCCAAAGGAAAAAGCCACCAGAGCACCCCCCCUUACCACUUCUCUGCUUCUAACAAUGGUGAUGAAAAAUCUAGACUUGCCUCGAAAGGUAGACGUGAUAAACCAGAGCACAGAGUUUACAAAUCCAACCCAAAAGAUUGGGAGAAUAGAUCUAAUCAGCGACGUACCUAUAGAAAUGACGAUCGAUCGCGAAGCUAUCGGGAACAUCCUCCUCUGUCUUUCCGGGGAAACGCCCACCAGAGGCACCCUCCGGCUCCCCCGAGCAGAAGCUAUUAUCGAGAGAUUCCUAAGGAACGAUCAGGAACCGGAGAAGCCACUUCAGCCUCACCAAAACAGAUUAAUGGGUCAUCCGAAAGGGGGAUUCCCCGGGCUAGGGACCCAACUCACUUCUCUGAGAAGAUAUUGGAAGAGGCUAGAGGCGAGGCAAAACAUGCUCUUCUGCAGUAUACUAAGUGUACCGACCCCUCAGAAAGAGAAGUCAGAAUUGAAAGAGCAAAGCAAGCAGAGGAACGUGGACAACUAGAAGAAACGGCCUUACGUAUUGCUCUUCGUACUUCUAGAACUAACCUGGAUGCUCAACACUCUGAAUCUCGUUCCCACGAACGUCGAUCAUCCAGUAAGAGGAUAGGACCAGCCUCUCAAAUAAUAGCUGCCAAUGCUGAGGAGAACACAAAUGAUCAAAACUCAGAAAGUCGAGACAGACUACCGGCAACUCUAAGACUCGGCCCUCCUCCAAAUGAAAGUGAGAGAUAUGAAGAUCAGAGUCUUCUGUCUCUGGACCACAGUGCUGACCGCAUUCCAGCAACUCAACGCCUGGGACCUAUCUCUUCAGCCGAGGCGAUAGAUGAUGAAACUGACCUUCCUCACCUAUCCGCAGCUAAACGCAAACCGGGUCGUCCCCCGGGGAAAAAGACAAGACAUGAAAAAUCUAAAGGUCCGGUGGCUGCUGUUCCGCCAAGGCGAACUACCUCCCGCUCAAAACCGUCCCCUAUUCGCAGAAAGGAUAUGUCAACAAACGCGGGAACAUCAAAAGGAAAAAAGAUUGGUAAAUCAAAGAAGGGUGAAACAUCUCGAGCUGCUCAGCGCCCGACUGGUAGCACAGCUUCAGAUCACGCCCCAAUCAUCAACCUCGUUCCACGCUCUACCAGACGAAGGAUGGAUUUUCGGACUCCGUCCCUCCCCGCUCCUUAGCG